AUGAAGUUCCAAACCUCUACUGCCCUCGCGGCCCUCGUCGCCUUCGCCGUCGCCGAGGUGCCCCAGGAGCACUCGCACGAGAAGUACCUCCGCGCUGUCAACGCCCUCCUCAAGCAGGACAAUCCCAUGAACAUCCAGGACGCCGUCUUUGGUCUGCUCGGCAACGCCGCCGCUGCCAAGGGCGCGGGUGAUGUCACGAACCUCGACUGCCUGCACCAGGCGACUGCGGACUCGGCCUUCAGCACCGCCAAGGCGGCCGGUGACGUCGACGGCAUGGCCAGCGCACUUGUCUUCGCGGCUGUGGAGAGAAACACGGGAUCCGUGGGCCUGAAGAGCGUGACGUGCACCGACAAGGCCACAAACCCCGAGAUCGCGGCCAUCAGCCAGCACCAGGACCCCGCCUCGGACGGCGCGGCCGCGGAGAACAAGGCCAUCACAUUGGAGUUGGCCAAGCAGCUUGCGGCGGUCGGCGCGGACCCCCAGCUUGCGCUUGAUUCCGGCACCUUUGCCCCUGGAGAUGUCAACGACAACACCGGAGCCGGAAACACUUGCGACGAUGCCAACGAUGCUGAAGGAUGCAUCUUCACUCAGAACCUGAUCGUUAAGGAUGCCACUCCCGAGGAGAUUGACGCUGCUGUGGCCGGAACCGGCGCUGCCGCCGGUAACUCCACCGAGACCGCAACCAACUCCACGUGCUCCGCGGGCAAAAAGUCCAAGUCCAAGGCCAAGGCUAAGGCCAAGGCCACCCGCACCACUGUCCUCCCCAAGUCCGUCCUGUCUGAGCGCCAGAACAACGACGCCAACAACGGCACCGGCUCCGCCACCGGAACCACCAACGUCCAGACCUUCACCGGCGACCUCGGCGGCCCCGCCCCGCCCGUGAACUCGGACGCCGCGGCCGACAAGCCCUUCGAGGUCAACGGCUCUACCUUUCUCAACGCCGGCGCCGCCCUGCAGCGCUCGUGCGCCGUGCAGCACAACGCCUGCGCCGACGAGGCCAACUCGGGAGCCGACUUUAGCGUCGCCGACUGCGGCGCGCAGGAGGACGAGUGCCUCGCCGCCGCGUCCCUCAAGAAGUUCCGCCGCUCGGCCGGGCCCGGCCACCGCAUGCGCAUCGCGACGCGGAUGAUCCAGGAGCGUCAGGCUCUGGACUUCGGCUCGUGCCAGGACCCCAGCAUCGAGUUCGCCACGGGCCUCGACGGGCGCAAGGAGGCCUCGUUCGCCCCCGCCGGCGACUUCGAGCACGGCUCGGCGCUCAAGAUCGACGUCAUCAGCAGCUUCAUCUGCGGCCAGCUGCAGUCCAAGUGCAAGGCCGACGCCGCUGCAGUCUCCGCCUGCCAGCAGGGCCAGGCUGCGGCGAAGAGUCUCACGGGCCAGGCUGCUGCCGACGCCUUCAACUCCGCCUUGGGCGUCUGA